GAGAGAGAAAAGAGUUUUUCAAUAUAAGAACAAAAAUAGGGCUAAGUAUGUUUUAGUUGGUUAACUAGGAUUUACUUGCUAGCACCUUGAAUUUGCCUGGAUAAUCCUUGGAGCUUUUGUAAUCCAUACACUAGUACCUUGAUAGUACUCUGAUGAUACGUUUGUUACCUCAGACUAAUUAAUUAAAAUUUAUAAAACAAUCGCCAUGCCAUGCCUCUGAUAUUACAUAACAGUAAAUACUUAAUUAUAAUUGCUCCCGCUCCCUCUUUAUACUUUGACAUCUGUAAUUACUAUGCCUUUCACGUGUUAUAAAUUUCACCAUGAAAAACACGAUCGGUUUAUAGCAAGGUUUCAAAUGGCGGUCGCAAAUGCAGUCACCGUUGUGACCUCUGCCAUUGUGGGCGGGCUGGCAUUGCGGCUGCUGCGAUGCUUAUGCUGCUGUUGCGGUGUGAAUUUGUAUAAUUCAUCAUGACUCGUUUUAGGCAUUGUAAAAUGGCAGGGAAUUCAAAUAGAAGAGAAGGAAAACCUGUUAUGGUUCCAAAAACUGAGGAUUUGGGUUAUGAGUUACCACCUUAUACUUCAUUUUCAGGGGAUGUUGGGGACAAUGUUGCAAGUUCUUCUGGAGGCAAACUACGAGCAUUCUUUAUCGGAAUGGGAUUCCUACCAUGCCUUGUCGAUAAAGUGAUAGAGGAGAAUGGUGAAGAGAAUUCUGAUACUUUAUUAGAGGCUCUCUUGAGAUAUUCUGCUCAUAAAUCCAAUUGUGACUCAUUUGAUUCUUUGGGUGUUUCUCACAAUACAAGCAGGGGUAGAAGUGCCCCAAAUUUCUAUCCUGAUGGUCACUCAAAAGAGGCUCUUCAAAAAUCAAAUUCACAGUCUUCUGAUUCUCUGGAUAGCUUAUUUGAUGAUAAGGAUCCUCCAGAGAUUUCCAAUGUCAAUCAAGCGAAGGAGGAGCCUGAUGAACUUAGUGGAGUCAUUGAUGAUAAAAGAGGUUCCUUACUAAUGAUGAAUUUCUCGGUGGAGGAAGUUGAGCUUGCAAUCCACAAGCUUGGUGAUGAAGCAUCAAUUCCUGAGCUGGUGGAUUUCAUCUUUGCUUGGCAGAUUGCUAAAAAAUUGAAAAAGGAACCAGAUGAUAUCACCUUCACCUAUUAUGGCAGAGGAAAUGAGGUCACCAAUGAAAAACUCUUUGGAAUUAUGGCAAAAACACUUCAAUUGUUUGAAAUGGGUUUCUCUGAGAAUGAAGUAUCAUCAGCAAUUGAUAAAUUAGGUUCAGAGGCUCCAAUUUCAGAGCUUGCAAACUUUAUUUUUGCAGAACAAAAUGGGAUCGAUUAUGUGAUGGAAUAUAAGUUUCCCACCACUUCUACUUAUUCUGUGGGGAUCAAAGAAGAACCAGAAAUGGAUUUAUAUGGUACGGCCGAAGUGAAAGUUGAGGAUUUUAGCAAUGAACCUCCACAAUCAAGCCAGGUCAACUUAGAGGAAACUUAUAAUGAAGAUAUGGUGAAGGAAGAAGAGGGUAUUGAUGCAUUUCCCAGCUAUGUUUCUGACCAAUAUUUGGAUGUUGUGGAGAAUGGUAGAGGUAAAAGGCCCAAGUAUGAACAUGAUGAUGAUUCAAUCACUUGUCUUGAACCUUCUUGGGUGGAAGAAAGGGUUGAUGUUGUUGUUGCCGAAAUGUCAAGACGUCCCAAACCAAAUCCAUCCAGGUGUCUUAGUAGUGUGGCAGCAAAGCCACCAUUUUUCUUAUUUGGGAAUGUUUCAAACAUAUCCUACGACUCAUGGACAAAGAUGUCUAAGUUUUUAUAUGGUAUUGAACCUGAAUUUGCGAAUGCUCAGUCCUUUUCUGCUUUAGAUAGAAUAGAAGGUUACAUACACAAUCUUCCAGUUGAAAACAGAUUCCACAUCCUCCCAAAGCCACCUAUGACUAUUGAAGAUGCAAUGCCGCUGACAAAGAAAUGGUGGCCACCUUGGGAUUCAAGGAAGCAGUUGAGCAGCAUCUAUUGUGAAACUAAUGGAAUAGCUCAAACAUGCGAUCGACUAGGAAAUAUUCUUGCAGAUUCUGGUGGAGUGCUCACAUCUGAACUGCAGAAAGACAUUCUUCGUUAUUGCCGCGGAUUGAAUCUUGUGUGGAUUGGAAAAUUCAAACUUGGUCCUGUAGAGCCUGAACAGUUGGAGCUCAUUUUAGGAUACCCUUUGAAUCACACUCGUGCUUCUGAGGGCAAUGUGGCCGAAAGACUUAAAUCACUAAAAUACUGCUUCCAGACAGACACAUUGGGGUAUCAUCUUUCUGUGUUAAGGCCCAUCUUCCCUCAUGGAUUAACAAUGUUAUCACUCUUUAGUGGCCUUGGUGGGGCAGAAAUUGCCCUACACCGCCUUGGUAUUAAAAUAAAAGUUGUUGUCUCAGUUGAGACCUCCGAGACAAAAAGAAAGAUUCUUGAGAGGUGGUGGCGUCAAUCCGGACAAACUGGGACUUUGGUUCAGUUGGAGGAUAUUCAGAAGCUGACUAGUAAAAAACUUGAGGGUCUAAUCAGUAAAUUUGGUGGUUUUGACCUUGUCAUUUACCAAAACCCAUGCUCUAACUUGAGUUCUAGGCUUCUAGCUGGUGUAGGUCUCCCAGCUCUUGAAUUUUCAGUGUUUUGUGAAUGUGUUCGUGUCUUGCAACGUAUAAGAGGUAUGUAUCAAAGGAAGUGAGUGAAGUGACUCGUAUCUUGUUGUACAAAAUAAUGUCAUUCGAUGCCUUUGGUGGUGGCAUUUCCCCGUUUUGAAUGUUUCAUUUUCCUGCUGUAUGUGACUUCUUCAUAUAAAUUUUUCAGUGCAGGGAAUUUGUAUGUAGGGUUGUGUUUCUUUCUUAAUCGUCCAUAAGAAUUGUUCAUAUAUACUGUGUUUGUGAUUAUGCAUUGGCAGGCAUUCUGAAUUAUUUCUGGAAUAAUACACCAAAUGAGAG